ACUAUUCAUGAACUCGGCAAAUUCUGUAACCUGACAUCUAACGUUGUUUUCCAAGGACGCGGAGGGGGUUUUCCAGGAAAGGAUACAUAUCGCAUCCAUUCGAACCACUGCAAGGCAAGCAAGCUACAAUUUACAACAAAGUUUACUUUGAGAUUUCUGGAUAUUCUGCAUGCAGGAGAUCCUGUGAGGUUUCUCUCUACUGACUGACUGUGUGGUGGAAGAAGGGUUGUCCUUGUGAAGAACCAGGAGGAAGGAAGGCCGUCCAGUGGAUACAUCCUGUCCUCUUCUGGAUAAGCUGUAGGCCAGUUCUACUACAGUAUAACUGCAGCAUUAUGAUGCCAGACAGACCCAUUUUACCCCUGUUUCUCCUGGCGUUCUGCUGCUCAGCAUUUGCAGGUCCGUUGUCUCGUAGCCUGUGUGAGCUGCUGCCAAUAGGUGUUGGCCACCCGGUGCAGGCUCUGCUGAAGAGCUUCACGGCCCUGUCAGGCUGUGCCUCCCGUGGAACCACGGGUCUACCACAGGAGGUUCACAUCAUCAACCUGAGGGGCAGCAGCCCUGAGGGGUCAAACGGCCCACAUCCAGAGGUGGAGCUGCAUCUGAAGCCCAUCCAGUCCCUGCUGGUUCACCAGAAGCCCCUGGUGUUUGUGCUAAACUCCCCCCAGCCUGUGGUCUGGGACAUCAGGACAGAGAAACUAGCCCUAGGCAUUAAACACACCUUCCAUGUAUCUGGGGGAUCUGAUGUCCACUUCCCUCCAGGGAACUUCUCCCUCCACUGUUAUGUUCAGAAGGAGGUACUUCCCCAUGGCAACGAGCACCUCCUCAACUGGGCCACCAAGAAGUACAGAGCCGUUACCUCCUUCUCCGAACUCAAGAUUGCCCUGGACAUCUACAUCAAAGUGGGAGAAGACCCAGUGUUCUCCGAUACUUGCAAGAUCGACAACAAGUUCCUCUCUCUGAACUACCUUGCUGGCUACGUAGAGUCCCAGGCCUCUAAAGGCUGUGUCCUGUCUGGACCAGGCCAGGACCAAGAGGUCCACAUCAUCGAGCUGCAAGCACCCAACUCUAGUAGUGCGUUCCAGGUGGAUGUGAUCGUUGAUCUGAGGCCGUUGGGUGCAGAUGUUCUGUUGCCUCGUGACAUCGUGCUGCUGCUGAAGUGUCAGAAGUCUGUCAACUGGGUCAUCAAGGCUCACAGCAUCAGCGGGAAACUGAAUGUAGUGACGCCAGAUACCAUCAGUCUGAGCCCCAACACAGAGAGGCUGAUGGAGGUGUCUAGGACCCCUAAGCACCACCUCCCGUCUGGCUCUCAGGCCCUGAUCAAGUGGGCAGAGGAUCAUGGUUACGGACCGGUCACCACCUACACCCACACACCUGUAGCUAACACCUUUAACCUGAGGCUCAGGGAGCCAGAUGUGGUGGAUCCCCUGGAUUCCAUGUUCCCUCCAGAACUCUCCAUCUUACGUGACACCAACCCCAUCCUCUCUGGUGGUCAGGGGGGUGCUGCCCCACACUCCAGUGGCCUGCCCUUCACCUUCCCCUUGCCCCCGCUCAUGGAGCAGGGCCUGCCCUACCUGUCCCUGCCCCCCUCCCUGGAUGACCGGCCUUGGCUGGGAGGGGAGCUGGGUGGGGAGCCUGAAGAGCAGCAGGGGACCCUCAGUGUUGGUCUCAGUGUUCAGUGUGAGGAGAGCAGGAUAGUGGUCUGCAUCGACCGAGAGAGUCUGCAGGCCAACGGUUACGCUAAUGUCAACCUGACUCUUCAAGACCCAGAAUGCAAAGCAACAGUCAACUCCACCCACUACACGUUGGUGACCCCAUUGGAGGGCUGUCAGACCACCAAGUACCCCAUGCACCCCAGUCCUAUGGUCCUCUACAUCAACUCAAUCCUGAUAAGUCACGAUGGGCCUAAGGAUGGGAGUGGUGUUCCCCUGGAUUACGAUGAUCUAGAGUCCGGAGACGUGACUUUCCCUGGGGAGACAGAGGCGCUGGAGAGGGCUGCUUUCCUGGAGCACACCACGGGGCCUGAUCACAGGUCCUCCAUUCUGUUCAACUGCACCUACAGGAAGAACCAGGACACUCUAGGAGGAUCAGGAUCAUCAGGAUCGUUCCCUCGUAUUGCCCCGGCAGCAAAGGAACCGCUCAGCACCGACGUCAUGGUUAACAUGGAGCUGUACAACACCCAUCUCUUCCAUUAUCCGUCUACCCAGGCCUUCCAUACCGUCUCCAAAAAUCAACAGGUCUUCGUAGAGAUUGUAGCCUUCAAAGUCGACCCAGAUCUUGGCUUCAUGAUCCAGACCUGCUUCAUCUCUGCCAACUCAAACCCCAAAAUCGCGUCAGACUAUACCCUGAUCGAGAAUAUCUGCCCUACAGACGACACCGUCAAAUACUACAGUCGGAGAGACCUACCUAUCUCCCACUCCCAGACCGACAGGAAGAGGUUCAGCUUCACCUUCAACUCACACUUCAAUGAAUCGUUGCUCUUCCUGCACUGUGAAAUGUCCGUUUGCUCUAAGAGACCCCACAAUAACCAGGGACUGGCAAUGUGUAUCCAACCGGACGAGGCUUGUACGUCUGUCAACGGAGAGAUCAUCCUAGCCAUGAUGAUGAACACCAGGACUUCUACCAAGACCCUAGUGGUGGUAGAUGAACAUGACACAGAGGAGGAGGAACCUGUUCAUCCCACCCUCACGGCACCACAAGACCCUGUUGACCCCCUAGGGGAAAACAUCUUGUAUGUGUUGGACACUCCAACCGUGGUUGGGAUCGCCUUCGCUGCAUUUGUGAUCGGUGCCCUGUUGACCGGAGCCCUGUGGUUCAUCUACUCUCAUACAGGUGAUACAGCUGGGCAACAGCAGCCCCUGAAGCCCCAACCCCCACCCUCAGAGAACAGCAGUGCGGCCCACAGUAUUGGCAGCACACAAAGCACGCCUUGUUCAAGCAGCAGUACAGCAUAGCCCAGAGGCCAGGCCAAGGCCAUUGGACUGGAGCCCGACGGGGAGCACCCUACCCCCCUGCAGGGCUACAGGAAGGGCUACACGGGUCACAGGGAACUGGGUUUGUUGACACUUGUUUCCCCUCUGGAUGAAAGGAAUUAUUUUGGGUUGAUUUGUGAAAACAAAGAAGGAUGAUUUACUAAAGGAGAAAAUAAGAAUAAAAGGAUUUUAAAAAAGGAUUUUGUAAGAUACUAAAAAACAAUAAGACCCGUUAAUGUCCCUGGUUAAUUCAAUUUAUUUCAACACAAGUCAUUAAGGCUGUGUGACAGAACUGCUGUACUACAAGGACUGGUCUGAGAGCGAAAGAGUACUAGGGUUGUUCCACCAAUUCAGUGCCUUUUGAGAAGUGUAACCUGGUCCAAAAAUAGUUGAUUUCACCUAAUUUUAACAUUCUGUCAUAAAGAGCACAUGUUCAACAUCAUAAAACACACAUUUUGUACCAGGGUUGACGAUUUCAUCUUAAUCAGGCAAAAAAUUCCCUUCCUUGACAGGGGGAAUGGAAGCUUGUUGUCUGCAACAGGGAGUGACAAUUGAAUGCAAAAUAUUGAAAUUGUCAAAGCAUUUCUCGACUCUCUAUCUAUCGGUAACAUGAUUGAAGUGUUAUGCUCGACCCACUUAGUUUUCCACCACAAAAGACCAAAAAUAUCCAAAAAGAGUAGAACCAGCUAACCUGCUUUUCACUAUGAUUUACUUAAUGUUUCUUUUGAAAAAAAUAGUUUAAAAGGAAUAGUUUUACCACAUUACUACGAGAGUUGAGUUCACGUAACAGGGUUGACCAUAAAAUGAGGGACAGACGUACUGUACCAGUCAAAAGUUUGGACACACCUACUCAUUCAAGGGUUUUUCUU